AUGGCGCGCCAGUCCCGAGCCCGCUCCGCGCGGGACAGGGCAUCUCGUGGCCGCCAGCUCAAUGAAAGGACACGAGACGAACGAACCCAGGAAGCUUAUAACGAGAUGCUUGCCGAGGCGGAAUCUCGAGAUCCUGCCCAGUUCCACGAAGACCGGCCGAUCAAACGACGCCGAAUGGGCGACAUGAGAGCUAUUUCCCUGGAUUCUUCACUUCCGAAGGAUCCAGAUGAGAUGUCGCACAAUGGAUCUACACAGCAACUCCAGACGGUUUAUGAUUCAGGCAGCUCAGAUGAAUCCGAUAUCGAGUGGGAAGAUGUCGACAUACCACAACCUCUACCAGGGCCAUCCAGUGCAUCCUUGGCAGUACAGGAAAACGACGAACCUUUGGAGAUAACAUUGGGACAAGAGCCUCAGUCUAGGAAGAAAGCUAUCCAAAAGAGAAAACCCAUCACAGCGGCCGAGAAGAAGAUUCGAUUGGACGUCCACAAAUCCCACCUUUUGUGCCUUCUAGGUCAUGUUAGUUUGAGGAAUCGAUGGUGUAACGAUAAUGAAAUUCAUAAAUUUCUGAAAAGGAUGCUGCCGAAAAGGAUCCUGGCACUCCUCAAUCCAGACGAAUGCAAGCCACAAUUUUCCAAAUCCACAACCUUUGUCGAUGGCCUAAACCAAGCAGCAGAUAUCUUCAGUCGAAGAUUUCGUAUCACCAAGCCAGGGUUAAAGCGUGCACACUGGGCAGAGGGUCAAGAACAACUGAAGCAAAAAGUGGAAUCUAUAAUGUCCAAUGCUGAGGUAUUUUUGUCAAGGGAGGAUUUCAUAUCACAGGCCAAAAUGAUGCAGGGUUCCCGGGAUUUUGGUGCACAAUUAUUCUGCGCGUUGCUGCGCUCAGUUGCCAUAGAAUCAAGGCUCGUUUGUUCACUUCAGGCACUCCCGUUCUCUGGCACAGUCAAGGACAUGACACCGUCCAAAAAAGGACCAGAAUACAUAGUUAUCUCUUCCGAUGACCGUGAAACGUCUACGGACGAGCGGCGGCAGAAGGCCAGUGACUCUCCAUCUGGCUCAAGAGUGCGGCGUCUUGGUCGCCCUGAAUUUAAACCGCGACCUAUUCAGUCUUCAGCGCGUUUAGGUCCUAUCCCGACGCCUAGAGAGUCCUCUUACCCUGUGUUUUGGGUUGAGGCAUUUAAUGAAGCGAUGCAAAAAUGGGUUUCAGUCGACCCUAUUGUGACAAAAACACUGGGAAAGCCGUUCAAGUUUGAACCACCGGCAAGUGAUCCAUAUAACAUGAUGAACUACGUGGUUGGCUUUGAAGACGAUGCUUCUGCGAGAGACGUUACGAGACGUUAUGCGAAAGCUUUCAAUGCGAAAACGCGGAAAUUGCGAGUGGAGUCAACCCGGCAUGGAGAAAAGUGGUGGGACCAUGUAUUGAAAGCAUACGAACGACCUUUCUUCGAGGAUAGAGAUGAGUUGGAGAUCAGCGAGUUGACCUCGAAGUCUGCGGCUGAACCGAUGCCACGAAAUAUUCUGGAUUUUAAGGACCAUCCCGUCUACGCGCUUGAACGUCACAUACGUCGCAACGAGGUGAUAUUUCCCAAGCGCGUCAUUGGACAUGUUGGCUUGAGCAAGAGUGGUGCGAACAGCGAUACCUUGGAUUCGAUUUAUCGUCGAUCUGACGUGCAUACGGUACGCAGCGCAGACAAAUGGUAUCGCAUGGGAAGAGAUGUGAAAGUGGGCGAGCAACCCCUCAAGCGCGUCAAUGCAAUACGACCCAAGGGCGGGGUGAUUAGCGAUGACGAGACAGACGAACCGGAGCAAACGGCACUUUAUGCAGAGUACCAAACUCACACAUAUCACCCUCCACCAGUGGUCCAAGGAAGAAUACCGAAAAACAGCUAUGGCAACUUGGAUGUGUACGUUCCAAGUAUGAUCCCCCCUGGGGGGAUUCACAUCAAGCAGCCGGAAGCCGCUCGAGCCGCCCGUCUUCUCGGAAUCGACUAUGCGGAUGCUGUUACUGGGUUCGACUUCAAAGGACGUCGGGGAACAGCAGUAUUUGGGGGAAUUGUGAUUGCCACCGAGUAUCAAGAAGCACUUGCAGAAGUUCUGAGAGGCUUUGCAGAUGACAGGCAGCAGACCCCUUUUGAAGCCAGAAGUGCCGAAGCCUUGCGACUUUGGCGAUUAUUCUUGAUCAAGCUUAGGAUUGCGGAAAGAGUCAAGAGCUAUGCAGCCGAGGACGAGGAGCUAGAUGCACAUUCGCCAAAUAUGGGCAUUGACGAAGAUGACGCUGGGGGAGGAUUUUUCCCUGAUUCUGACCAGCCAACACAAAGUCCUCCCCACGACUCUUUCGCGUCUGAAUCAAGAAUGGAUAUGAUGUCGCAUGCCGUGGAUGAAUCUAGCCUCCAAGACGAUGCUCUAGGAGGUGGAUUUGUUCCCGAUGAAGCCCUGGCUGAUGGUGCUGCAGAUACGUCCGUCCGUGAGAAUGAAGAUCCCGGCGGCGGUUUCAUCACCAAUGACCUUCAAGAUGAUGAGUUAUUUGCUAUACCCCCAACGGCCACUCGUUCGUUGUCCAGUCCAGAGAAGGCAAAACAGCGUGGUCUUUCAAAUGCCCCAAGAUAUGAACUAGUUGUGAUUCCGAACAAUAAUGAAUCAGUGGCCAAGGAGAAUACCUUGAAGGCCAACAGCGGUAACCCACAAGGACUUGAGGGAUCAUCUGAGCAAGCUGCCAUUGCUGUUGACUCCUCAACGAACCGUGACUCCAAGUCUGCCAGCGUGGAAUUUCUCUCCAGGCCGCCCUCUCCACCUGCACCUGCACCUGAGCCCAAACCCCCGUCACCAGUAGAAUCGGAUAGCGAGAUUGAAAAGGGUUCUUUACUAUCAGAGGAUCCUGAGGAUGAGGAUGCAGUUCCAGAUUGGCUCAUGUUUGAUUAG